UGAUAACUACAUUCUAGGAUUUCCCGCAAUUUGAAGCUACAACAACAACUCACUAGUGAAGUAACGUCAGAUGAUUGUGUAGAUCUCAUGUUACAAUCCAACUUUUCAUUUAUGCAACCUUGAUUUCAUAGCUGUCAUAGAAUGGACACCGGUCAGCAAGAUAAUACACCUGUUAUAGACCAAUGUGUUGCUCCAGUUACAUCUUCAGAUUUACUUACACAUGACGAUGAAUCAGCCAAUGCAUAUGUACCAGAAAUGGAGGUCACAAGUGAAGAAACACAAGAAGUGGUAUCAGCUGAACAAAAGAGUAGUGAAGUGAAUGCUCCAGAGAUCCAAGUAUUCAGGUCAUUAGAAGAGGCAUAUGCCUAUAUAAAAAACUACGAAAUAGCUACAAACAAUAAAUUUGUUCUUGUUGCUAGAUCUAAACUGUCAAGAACAGAUAUAAAGUCAUUACAAAACUUUCGUAUUGCCUACAACUACAGAUUUCAUGUAGGAGAUGAAAAGGCAAUAAUAUUUGAUGGAUUGCCAACAGUGUGUAUAGGAACAGAAGAAAAAGAAUGCCAGUUUGGACGAUUUAGGAAAAAGAAUUAUCCUUCUGAAACUGGACAAAGUAAGAAAAAGAGGAAUGCGCCUUUCUCUAAAAAAUUAGGUUGCUCUGCUAUGAUUCGGAUAAAAAGGGUUCUUAAAUUUCCUGAUUAUGCGGUUGAUGUUGAUAAACCCACCUCGGGGAGUAUUAAAAAAAUGGCAGGAAGAUUGAGAUAUGAAUUCAGUGAAGAAACAAAGCGUUUUAUGUUGGUUUAUGUUCAUAUAGAGACUAAUCAUAAUCAUGAACCUUGCCCAGUAAUACGUCCACCUAAACACAAGGCAUUAAACCACAAGAAGAGUGAAGGAUGUAACAGAAUAGUUAAUGAAUAUGACGAACAUGUACGUAAAGGACUGGUGUUACAAAAAUCUUCAAGUUUAAGAGGGAAAGAUUUGUCAAACUUGGCAUUACAUUUUAAGGAUGUUCUUGAAAUACCUGCAUUGACUGCUCGACCGAGAAAAGAUCAGAAACUUGAAGAUAUGGAUAUUCAUGAGUUGAUGUUACUUUACUAUGAAAUUACUGGACAAGUUCCAAAUGAGAUGUUUGCUAAAGCCUGUAAGCCAUUUACAAGACAGAACCUGAUAUUGUUGCUGCACCUGUGCAUAGUUUUUGCUAAUGCUAGCACGGAUAAACAGACACAUGCAAGUGUUCGACUGAAGGGUACAGAAAGUGAGUUUACUCCAGUAGAAUGUUAUGAUGAAGAUUGCGCUCUAGUAGAUGGCCACAUGCAUUGUCCAUUCUGCUCUAAAGUUGAUUCGUACACAAAUAUAUCACUCUUGAAGGCACAUUAUACAAAAGAACAUGUUGACAAAGCUUUGGAGUUUUCUGGUAUGAAAAUACUGCGGUGCCUUGAUACAUGUCAAAUUGAAACUAAAUACCUCAAUAAUAAAACAUUUAGAUAUGGUCACUGGCAUUGUUUUGCCUGUUCAAAUGCCAUUGAAAAGCGCCCAGAUUGUUCUAUACAUUACAAGAGACAUUUGAAUGAAUUUGGCUCCAGUUUUCAAGUUCAUAUAGCACAGGAUGUAAAUUCAUUAACUUCAAGCACAUCAACUAUCUAUGAAAUUCAGAACACUCUCCAUGGUAUAGAAAUGCGUGUAUCUGCUGUAAAUAAUACACAGGAUUUUCAUGGUAUUGGAAUACAUACCCCACUGCCUGGGAACAGUCUUAGCCCUUCAAAAUAUGUUGGUGGACAUAGUCCUUCCAAGAGGCCAUACACUGAUACAGGACUUGGCGUACAUGAUGAUGUUUUGUAUGUAGAGGAAGAUGAACAUGGAAAUGUGCUGUCCACUUAUACAUCUGAGCAAAUUCCCACAGCUGGACAGGAAAAUGUUGUGGUAUCAUAUCCUGAGUACCCUGAUGUCAGCCUAUUGAAAACAAGGAUUCGAGAAGUUGAAAUGAAAAAUAAAAAGUUGGAAAGGAAGAAUUGUCUUCAGAAUUCAUAUAUUGAUUUUCUUGAAGAAACUAUAUCAGAGCAGAAGGAGAGGCAUAGCAAAGAAGUGGAGAAACUGAAGGCGAAAAUUUCAGAGUUAAAAAGAGAAGCCUGCAUUUAUGAUGAUACCUCAGAAUCACCAAUCACUGAAGGGAAUAAUUCCAACAAUUCUCAUGCAUCAUUAGGUGAAUCUGCUGCUAGUGCAAUACCAAAGAAAUUCUUUACAAAGAAAAAUGUUUCCGAAUCAGAUAAAAAAUCACCAGUAGACAACCCUGUUGCUAUGGAUAUAGUUGUUGAUCAGCUGAGUGAACUAAAAAAGGAAGUAGCAGGUUUGAGGAACAGUCUCCACAGCAAUAUUACACCGAAUAUCAACCUUGGAGCAAACAUUGUAGGACAGAGUACACCUCCUGUAUAUUUCAUUCCCAAUCAAGGAUUGACAACACCAUACAUCUUUCCACAAAAUAUGACUGGUUUACCUAACACAAAUCUUGUUACUGCUCAGAAUGUGCCAUUGAUUCAUAACACAGCUGCUUUAAAUACUCAACAACAGAAAAUAGUAAGUUCUGUUCAAUCUGAUGCAGCAUUGCCAAAUACUGACACAGUAAAUACAAAUACUGACACAGUAAAUACAAAUACUGACACAGUAAAUACAAAUACUGAAACUGUAAAUACAAAUACUGACACAGUAAAUACAAAUACUGACACAGUAAAUACAAAUACUGAAACUGUAAAUACAAAUACUGAAACUGUAAAUACAAUGGAACAGCCUGAAUCAGCAACAAGCACAGAUGAUACCGACAUUUCUAUUGAUGAAUCGUGUAUCCAGACUAAAACUAUGAAUUGUGAUGAUGUAUCAAAACUGGCUUCAAAGGGGGAACAGUCGACAAUUAAAUCAAAAGUUGUGCAUGAUAAAAUAUUCCCAAUGAAAGCAGAUGGUACUACUGUUGAUGAUGAAGAAAUCAUCAGAGAAGAUGAUGUACAAUCUGAAAUUACCAGUCCAGAUGCCUCUCCUCAAAAAAUUAAUUCCGAUGCGACAGUUUCUGAGUCGGUGAAUAGCAUGUCUGGUCUGUCAAAUGAGGACUCUGAAAACGAGGAUACAUAUUAUGCAACACCUUUAAGAAUUGAGAAAUCAACUGUCUCAAAGAAUGUUGAGACCAUUUCAGUCCCAAGUGAAAAAUUAAACACCGUGACACAAAGUACUGUUGAAGCAAGUUUCAUCAAGUAAUGGGACCUCUGUACAUAAUAGUUCUACUGGUGUUGUAAAUACAAACAAUAAAACAACAGGUACUGUUUAUAAGUGGGACUAAGAAUGUUCCAUCUAUGUUUCCAGCCAAUAUUGGCAUACAGAGCACAGCAACAAAUCCAGUGAUGAUGAUACCAAACCAAAAUUUAAUGAACCAGUUUCAUAACUCCUCAAAAUAUGCCAACUAUGGUAAAUCCAUUAGGGAUGAAUGCUUCAGAUCAGUUUGUAGUAGUGCAAAGUCAAGCCGGUUUUUUUUUAGUUCAAAGAGCAGAAUUUCAGGAUUGGAUAAAAAUUCCAGGCAUGAACUCUUCAGGAAAUACAGUGCCAACAAGUAAAAAUGUCAAAAGGAAUACUACACAGAUACGCCAAUCAAAUAAGAGUUUAGAUGAUUCUGUCACAUCAAAUAAUGUUGACAAGGUAGAUAAAAGGAAAAAGCAAAGAUAAUGUUUCAGCAAAGUCAACUCAGAGAAUAGUGAAAGCUAAAGUAACUUUGAGUGACCAUCAAUUCCCAGCUUGUACAUAUUAUGGGAAUACGAAAAAGCUAAAUACUAAAUAUAUUAGCACACCAAUGCCUAAGAAAAGGGCAAAUGAAACUGAACCAGCAAGAAAGAACAGCAAGGGGAAUCCAUAGUGAAUACAGGCAAUACAAAUGUAACAAUCUCAAAAGAACACAGUAACAAAGGAUUAAUAUCUGAACAGUCCGUGUCAGUUAGUGAUGAAUUCAGCAAGAUAGGAGAGUCAGAUGAUGAAACAGCAGUUCCUGCAAAGAAAAGUAAAGUAUUAGUGUUGAAAGUAAAUAAAGAAAUUAACAAACAAUCUUUGAACAAACUACUCCAAAAAACCAAAGUAUUGUACAAAAAUGUUAAAGUCAUUGGAACGAAUAAGUAGUUUUUUAGAUGUAAAUUGGGAUAAUGUCUUAACAAGUAAAGUCUUAUUCAGGGUAGUGAAUUUUAGAUUUUAAUGCAAAUAUUGUUUACUCUUUCCAGCUUAUAUCUUAGAUCAAGUUAUAGCACAACAAUAGACAUAUACCAAUUCGUAAAAGAGAAAACUAUUUUAGAUAAUAUGUAUUAGUUUUUUUUUUUUUUCUCAAAAGAAAAUAAAAAAGGUGCUUGUCCUGAUAACUCCUCUGAAAAUACAGGUGCAAUCUCAUCCAAUCAGUACCAAGUUUAGUUCUGCAUAUCGUAGGCAUUUUGAAUGAAUUUCAUCAGUGUUAUUGUCAUUUGAUGAUUUUUAUUUUCAAAGUUUGUCCGGACUACACCUCUAUACCACUUACGCAAUUUCAGUGAAACUUCACAGACAUUGAUCUAUAGCUGAAGUACAUGAGCAAUUGAGCAUAUUACACGGUUCUAUGGUUGAAUGAUUUUACGCUGAGUUAUGGCCCUUGAAUAAAAAAGGUGGUAAUAAAGUAUGUACAGACUAUUCCUCUUGCAAUUUCAGUUAACCAAAGUCAUAGAUAGUUGAUAUCUUUCUGACAUUAAGGCUGUUGUUUUUGUGAUGAAAUAUUAACUUUUGAAAUGGCACCUUCUGACUUUUGGGCAACAAUUUUUUUUUUCUGCUAAAAGUGUUUCUUAUUAUUAUACAUAUAUACUAGUUGAUUUACAUAAUUAAUAAAUUACUUUGUUAAUUUGAACUUAAAUUUAAUUUUAAAAAUGUAUGUUUUGUUUUUAAAAUUACAUGAUUUUUAACGUAGAAUCAUAAUGGGGUUAUCUUAUUAUUAAUGUUAACAUGAAAGCUUUGUUUAAUGGUUAAAUAUGUGUAACUUCAUAUUUAAUUACUCUAUAAACUUGUUCAUUUGAAACUUCACACUUUAAAACCAUUACUUUAGCACAGUUAUUUUAUCUAUUAAAGCCGUAUGUGAAAUUCUAAGUUUUUGCAUGCAAGGUCAAAUUCAACAAAUAUUGGAGCUGUUGACUUAAAACUUCACAUUAGUCUAUUUUAUCAUAAUUGGUGAUCUCUGUUUAACACCCAUACCUCUUACAUAGAUUUUGAAUUAAACACAAAAUUCAUGUUGUACAAAGAAGAGUAGGAAAUAGUAUUAACUUGAAAUGCUAACAUGUUUUGAAGAUCAUAAGUGUAGGUCACUUUCCAGGACACAUAACUCUUACAUAAAUUACAGCCCUUUGUUAAAAAAAAAUACUGGUUAAUAUCAAGCUUAUAAAACUAACAAUGCAACAGCUGAAGGUGUUCACUUGAAACCUCAAGCAUAUGUUUGGGUCAUUUUCCAAACAUGCCACCUUUGUAUUUUAUUAUGUUGACUGAAUUAUUUUAUUAUGUUGACUGAAUUAUUCCCCUUUGUUUUUAACUUGCUUUAACUUUACUAUAAAACACAGAAAAUAGAAGUUCCUCUAUCUCCUUACUGAUGAGUUAUUAUGCAUUUACCAGUACAUGUUAAACAUAUUGCCAAUUUUUAUUUGUUUAGAAUGCCAAUGCAGCCUCUGCAGGGCAACACACUUUUUGAGAUAAUGAUUCUGGUUAUUUCUGAGAGGUGUUUCUCUAGAGAGGUUAAUAUUGUUGGGGAAAAUUGAUAACAGUGUUGUAAAGAGGUUAUUGCUCUACAGAGGGCCUUUCUGCAGAGGUUACACUGUUUAACACACAGCAACAGAUAAACUCUUUUUAUGCUCCCACAAAGUGGGGUGCAUAUAGCGUUGCACUUGUCCCUACGGCUGUCAAUCCGUCCGUACGUCCCGAAAUCUUGUGAAUGCAACUUCUCUUAAACCCUUAAACUUUCAGGGAUGAACAACCUUAAUGUGUAGAUGGUAGUAAAGGAAGAAAUUUUUGCUGCGACCAAAUUUAACAGAAUUAUGGCCCUUUGUUGAUUUUUUUCACUAUAUACCAUAUAGAAAUUUUGUGAACGCAACUCUUAAACCGGAUGGCAGAUUUUGCUUAAACUUCCAGGGAUGAACAACCUUAAUGUGUAGAUGGAAGGAUUUUUUGCUGCCACCAAAUUGAACAGAAUUAUGGCCCUUUGUUGAUUUUUUCACUAUAUACCAUAUAUAUGUUGUCAGUGGGGGCAUCCGUGUCCUUUGGACACAGUUCUAGUUUUGCUUGAGAUUGUUAUAUUUUUGGCAAUUUCUGUACAAUGAUUUAUACAUUUUGUAAUAAUUACUUCUGUUACAAACUGAGUUAUGCUUGUUUUGAUAUUUUACAGUUUGUUAGAAGAAAUGUGUUUGUGAAAUGGUCAUAUGAAAAUAUGCUUGUGUUGCUAAUGUAAGAAAAUAUAUUGAAUAUUUCUGAGAAAA